CGCUCACCUUGUUACAAGUUACACCUGGUUACACACAACCACGUUCCAAAAUCUGUUAUCCAUGCGUUGUCGAUGUCGCCCGUCGUCAAGUAGAUGAGUCCUUUGCGUCAGAAGACUUGCGAUGCAUCGGAGCGAGAAAAUAGAACGUGCAUUCAUUCUCUUCAUCUUUCCUCGCCCUCAUGUCCUUGGAAGAGGUUCAGUCUUCGUCCUUAGUAACAUCCCUUUGAGCUCUUGGGCUGGAGGUGCCAUUUUGGAUGCUUGAUAUCUACUCAGCUUUGCUCAAACACUGCCAGCUGGGUUUCACACCAACUCACUCCAUUGCUUAUUGUUUUUCCUUCUCGUCCAGUUCAGUUCGCUGGUAUCAACUGCGAGGAGGCUUGCCUCCACGCUUCCCUUGCAAAGGCACGCACGCCAUUUCGUUGUUUUUUCGGUCAUAUCCGCUUCCAUGUUCAAUGCAUCCUCGACGUGCAACUUGGGAUACACCUUGGUUUCCUCUGCAGCGUGGAGCAAUAAUAACUGUGAUAUUGAACUCAUACUAUCUGACAUUCCCUUUAUCUCGGUUGGGAUAUUAACUUUUGGAGCAUCGGCAUUCUUUCUUGUAAUCAGACAGCUCACAUUCUCCGUUGUCUCCCUGUAUUUCUCGGUGUUGCUCUCUUUUGCAGCUGCUAUCAUCGACCUGACACAAAUCCUUAUACGUGACUUUAGCCAGGUCACCGUACAGCCACUAAUUACCGCAAGGGAUGUUUUGCUUGCUCUGCAUUACCUCCACAGCGGUAACUGGGCUCGGUGGGGCGUCGCAGGAUCCUACGCAAAGUUCGGUUUGCUGGCCACCAUCCCUGCUAUCACCUCGUUGCAAAUCGUUUGGCGUCUAUUUCAACGAUACCAAAAUUAUGGCCCGGUGUAUGCGGCGAAUGUGGCACUCGAGGUCCUCGUCUCUGUAUUGCUUCUUCUCAAGCUGCUAUUAAACACAGUGCCAACCUCAUCGAUUCCCCGAUCGCACACUUUCGGGGAAUAUGGGUUCCCCAUCUUGGCGUUAGUGUUCAAUAUUGGCAUCUCCAUCGGAGACUUGAUUCGCUUCGCAUUCACAGAGUCAAUUCUUGGCCGACUUCUUCAAGGAGUAGAACUCUGUAUCUUAAUCGUCUUUAUGAUGAUUCUCUACUUUUUCCGUCACAAAAAGACCACAACUGUUCCUAAAAUCAGGGAUUUAGCAAUGUUGAAGAAGUUGCCAGAGCAUCCACGUGAAUCGACUUUCAGGCUGUCCCCACCAUUGGUGUCUACACCUAGAUUAACGACGCCUCUCAGUUCCGAAAAUCAAGGGAGGAGUGUAGAUACUGAUGUCGCCCGUCAUUCUGCUCUUGCCACCCAUGGCCGUGCGUCUCCCUGGGUCUCUUGGAGGAUGUCCCACAGAAGGUCGACCCAAGAUGAGGAGAAAGCCAAGUUAUGGUAUCAGAACGAUGCUGGAAGGGGGGCUCUCGACCAGCCUGACAUGGGCCAAGGCAGGGCCGGAGACCAGAGCAUGAAUUCCGCUGCUUCUGCCAUGGGCAAGGGAUCCACAGAGUGGAGAUACUUUGUGAAUGAUUCUGUUCCUAGCUCUUCAGCACUAUCCAUGCUUAAUGGCCACUCGGUGAGCACCGGAUCUAGGAACGGCUCACUGAGUAGCGGACAAAUUCUGCAUGCAAUCCGUGCAGAUAUUCCCCCGCGCCCUCUCCCUCCGAAGUUGCAGACAAUGUCACUUACCGCUAUUCCGGCGACUGCGACAUCCUCCGAUGAAAGUGGGGCCACCGUUAUCAUGACUGCCCCUCCAGAUCCACCAGCUCAAGGUUCGCCUAUCUACGGGUUCAAGGGUGUUACUCGUCAACCUCCCAGCAGGCAAUCUUCAUCCAACGGAUCCCUCGAAGAAUUGCUGGAACUGCAGAAUGAGCUAGACAAAACAAUUGCAGCGUUGCGAUUAUUUUCUCCGAGUUCUCCAACCUCUACCUCACCAAUCUCCCCUUUAUCAUCCAGAAGUGAUUCGAACUAUGCUGAACAAAUGCGUCAAUCAUCCUCCACUAGCGCGCGGACGCUGUCCGACUUCUCUUUGAGCAACUUCCCCUCCCCGCCAUGGCUGAUCUCCCGAGUGCCUUCUCUUCCUGCACCCUUACCAGCUGCCAAAUUACGACUGAAGGAAGACCGUCGGGCCCGUCUUCGAUUUCGUCAGGACUCAACUUCCGAUGCUCUUGGGCUACUGCUGCCGCCAAGAAUUCCUGCAGCUUUGACAGACAUGCCUAGCUCUCCUCGUUCUGACCUCAUGUCGGACUCUCCCUAUCAGGAAGACAACAGGAUCUUGCCUGCAGACGCGGGGCGAUCUUUGAGGUUCAACUCUGGCGGGACGCAGUACGAGAUUACAUCUUUCAUAGGCGAUUUAACAACUCCAGGUGGUCACAGGAAGGCAACGACGGAGAAGCCUUUGCAUGAGUCUGGAGGGAAUUCGCUCCAUCUUGGCAUCGAUGGAAGCUACGGUUCUCGGGAAGCUUCUCCCCAUUUGCCCACGACGCCUUUACGUCCAUCGCGAGCAGGACUAUUGAGAUUGCCAUCCUCCGCAAGACAUAGGCUAUCGCAACUCUUAAUGCAGACGAGACUGUCACUUGUUCCAAAAUUAGAGGAGGAAGCUUCAGAUCCGAACUUCGACUCGGUCGAACCUCUAGCACAACGCAGGAUGCGACCUCUGAUACUUCCGUCUAUGACGAUCACUUCCCCUCCCCAUUUCCAGCCGUUGAACAUCAGUUCUGGUGCGCGGCUGUCGAGAGGGAUGACUAGCCUUCCACAGAGGCCGCAGGUGGCACCAGAUUUUGGUGUUCCAAGGCCACUACCCGAAGAUGUGCAUGAUCCUGGAGCAUUUGAGCGACUAAGACCGCCGCCGUUAAUUUUACGUUCAGACCACGAGUAUUUCUCGAGAGGUUCAAGAUGAUGAUGGACGUUUUUAUUUCUAACCUUAUGUUGACUUUCGCUGGUUCGAACGAGUUGGCAGUUACGAAUCUCGUAGAUACGUUCAUUGUGGUGCGUUCUCAUUCUCUCACUAUAUCUAGUUCAUUAGCAAUGUGUCAUACUUGUUGCAUGGUUUCUGGAUAGUUAUGAAGCGUGGCGGACGUUAUCAUCACCUACAUAUUGUUCGCUAUAGCCAUACAUGUACAGAGCAGUAGUUACACCUGGUUGCCCUACCGUGUCCUAUCGAGCUUUCCUGAAAGUUAUAAACGCACCGCUUGACAUGCAAAUGGUUCCUCAAUGUCAACGUGAAUAAUGGACACUUCACCAAACCCGUCAUUGAUCAUUUAAAAGGGGUGAACCAGCUCGCACAAUUGUUUCUCCGUCUAAUCUAGAAAUAAAGGAUUUAAACCAGUUGACGAGUGCUAAGUGCGCACGAGCAGUU